ACUACGGAGGCCCGGACGGGGCCGGCGUUCGCGCGAAUGGCGGUGUGAGGGCUGAGGGGCCGAAUUCGGGACUCAGGGCUCACUGGUGAAACAUCAUGGCAACGCGUUGCAUUCCUCAGAUGAUAAUAUCUGCCCUGGCAUUGUCAACCUUCUUGUAAGAUACCUUCCGGAAAUCAACAUGGACACAUUCCGUGAAGUUGUAGACCAGUUAUACACAACAGUAGUCCUCGGACGUGCACUUGAACAUGACGGCCUUGAGUACGUCUUUUACCUUAACCCAGCCUCAUCAGAUCACGAUGGCGCCACCCCCGCCUCCUUAGAACAGGCAGGCACUCCUGGCCACCAGCGCAGCCAUCAGCCACACACCGUCAGCGUGGCUCCCCUUUCCACAGCUCCUGUGUGUUCGGAGAGCGCCCCUCAGAGGAGCAGUGCCCGAGAAGUGACACUCCUGCAGUUAACCGUGAUCCAGGUGAUGGUGACCCGGGUACUGUCUGCCGAGACGGAGCUCUGCACCAAGGAGAAAUACAGAAACAUACUUGAGAUUCUUCUAGAGUCAUCUGGCAUCGAGUCUACUUUAAUUCGUAUGUUCCAAGAUCCGGAUAGACUGCUGUCUCACAUGGCGGCCAAGUGUCUUGCGUUCCUUCUCUAUUUCCAAUUGAGGGAAAAGGUAACAUUAAGCAAUUCCUGGAUUGCUUUUUGCCAGAAUAAGCUUUCUGAAUACUCUCAGCGUGGUGAAGUACUACCCUGCCUCUGGACUCUUACGGUCAUGAUCAAAGAAAUCUUUAAAGAUACAUCUUCACAAAAAACAGAAAUUCUAAAGCAGUUCCUGACUCCCUUUGACUCUGCUUUGCAAGCAUUUUACAACUCCUUAUUUUCUCAGCAUUUUGCAAACUGCCAAGAGACUUCUAAAAUAACAAACACCUUCAUAUGUUCCCUGGAUUUGCUCGAACUUCUCCUAGCCUCUAGAAUCCACCUGAAGUUACAUUUCACCUGCCAGAGGAUUCUAUUUUUGAAACCGUCUUACUUGCUCAAUGUUAUCACCUGGCCCGUUCAGGCUUUUGUGAAAAGGAAGUUCAUUAUAUUUCUCAAAAAGUGCCUUCUCUGGAAAAUGGGUGAAGACCUCUGUCGGGGAUCUCUGCCUGCCUCGCUGCCACCUGACCGUCACUUAGACGCAGACACGUUGACUUUAGCGGAUGCCGUUUUGCACGCUGUGAAUUUGGGGUUGCUGAAGACUCUGUCUGUCGAUGAAAGACCUUCCUACUUUGGAGGCUGUGAAGUUCAGCCGGGACACGAACUUGUCUCGGGUCCAGACCACGUGAUCCUUAGAGCCGCGAGCUUAGUUAUAAUGAAAUCCUUAGAAAUCAAGUUUCAAAAUUGUACUUCAGCAAAUGAAAUGAAAGUUGAUUUACAGAGGUUCAUGUCUGAGUUACUGACCUUCUUAAAGCCUCACCUUCAGCCCCCUCUGCAAGAAUACCAUCCGUGUGAAUGGCUCUCCAGGGUCUUCAUAGAACAGGACGACGACAUGCUGGAGGCCGCCAGAGCGUCUUUGCACAUCUACCUCAAGGUGACCCGAGACUGUGAAGCUGCCGAAAAUCCGCCCCAAGGAAAAGAAACGUGGAACCAUCACACGCACGAACACGGCUAUAGCCCUCACUGUAUUUUCUUAUUCUUUGUAAAAAAUCUUAGCUUCGAUGCUUCUGUUCUUCUUGACUUUCUCAUUUCAUCAGAAACCUGUUUCCUGGAAUAUUUUGUGAAAUAUUUAAAAUUACUCCAGAGAGACUGGCAUCAUUUCUUCAUCACCUGCAGGGACUUUGAUGCCACCUCAUCUAAAUGUGGCAGGAAUAUCCGUGGGCGUGUCACGCCCCUUGGCCAAGAGAGAAGCUCUAGCCGGACACCACCGCCUCAUUUGACAGGUCUGGACAAUCACACAGAUGCUCGGGCUCGGGCCUGGCCUUCUCAGGCGUCUUUGGAACCACUGGACCAGGUCACCACGUCCAAGGGAACCCACGCCGCACAGCCUCGUGGACUGUCUGCCCCCCGAUCUUCUCGGGGCCUGGUAGAUUAUGACAGCUCGAGCGAUUCUGAAGCGGAACUCCCAGAUGAGCGUCCAGCAGACAGCAGACAAGCGUCGUUACACCAGGAAGCGAUGCAAAAGCUUCCGAGCACAACCAGAACAAGUAAGGAUGAAAAAGAACUUUGCCAAGAGCCUCAGUCAGGACCUAGAGUUCCAGAAGAUUCCAACACAUCCUUCUCCGUCGAUUGGGAAGUCGCCCCAAAUAAUUUGAUCUCUGAGGGCGGCGUGUUGUCCAGGACACUCAAGUGUCUUCAAGAGCUGCAAGGUGCCCUUGAUCGUUUGCAGAAGAAAAACCUGUUCCCGUAUAACCCAGCCGCACUUUUGAAGUUGUUAAAACGUGUAGAAAUGAUUUAUAAUCCUAGGAUGAGGCCUUUGUAAAACAGUGGCAUUGUAUUUCCAGCAGUUGUUUCACCUUCAUAUAAGUUGUCCCUCCAUGAGAUAAUAGUAUAUUAAAAAAAAAAUUUUUAAAUCACAGCCCAGGGACUUUUUAUUUUUUUUU